UAAAUCUCGAGAAGCGGUUUCCCUAGUCUACCGAAACUCGAAUUCGAAGACAGGAUGAGCGCCGGCGGAGAUUCAAAUCAGCAGCAGCAACGGCAGAUGCAGCAGCAGCAUCAGCAUUGGGCAGCGAUGCAGCAGUACCAGCAUUGGUGGAUGGCGGUGCAGCAGUAUCCGGCCAUGGCUAUGCACCCGCAGAUGAUGUAUAACCCGCAUUACUUGCCCUACUACCCCCACCAGCCUCAACCCAAGCACUAUCCUCCCAAGCACCGCAAUCAGAUUCAACCUUCUAGCGAGGACAAUAAGACAAUCUGGAUUGGAGAUCUCCAGCAGUGGAUGGAUGAGGAUUAUCUCCACUCCUGCUUUUCUCAAUCUGGAGAGGUCCUUUCGAUAAAGAUAAUUCGCAAUAGACAGACUGGUCAAUCGGAUAGAUAUGGAUUCAUUGAGUUCAAUUCUCAUGAUGCAGCAGAGAGUGCUCUGCAGAGCUACAAUGGUGCCAUGAUGCCUAAUGCAGAUCAACCUUUUCGCUUAAACUGGGCUACCUUUAGCUCUGGUGAUAGGCGCCCUGAAGCUGGUUCUGAUUUGUCAAUAUUUGUUGGAGAUUUGGCGCCUGAUGUUACUGAUGAACUGCUGCAUGAAACCUUUGCUAGUAGGUAUCCAUCUGUUAAAGAUGUAAAAGUGGUGGUUGAUUUGAAUACUGGACGUUCGAAAGGUUAUGGCUUUGUUAGGUUCAAUGAUGAAAAUGAAAAGUCUAAAGCAGUGACUGAAAUGAAUGGUGUCCAGUGCUCUAGUAGGCCUAUGCGAAUUGGUGUAGCAACCCCCAGGAGAUAUUCAUCUCAGCAACAAUAUUAUUCUCAAGGUCAAUCAGAGAAUGAGUCAUCCAGCACAACUAUUUUUGUUGGAGGGCUUGACUCGGAAGUUACUGAUGAUAUGCUCAGAGAGUCUUUUACUCCAUUCGGCGAGGUUGUCUCUGUGAAAAUACCAGCUGGAAGAGGAUGUGGUUUUGUACAAUACGAAAAAAGAAGCAAUGCUGAGGAUGCACUUCACAGAUUAAAUGGGACGAUUAUUGGCAAGCAGAAGGUUCGCCUUUCUUGGGGCCGGAGUUUAAACAACAAGCAGUCGAGAGGAGAUCAUAGUCAGUGGAGCCAAAGGCAAGGUUACAAUGGAUACGGUUAUGGUAGUCCGGCCUAUUGGGUGGCUUCUUCAAAUGGUCGUAGGAGCCGUGAGCAGUCAGUCAGCUAAUCUUAAUACAGCGACCACGCUCAUUGUUGUAGCUGAACCAGUUAUCUAGUCAGAGUCGUACGUUUCAUUUUUUUAUUUAUAAAUUGGGAUUUAGAAUUUUGGUUUGGAAGAGCUUUGCAGGAAUUGGUUAAAGACUCAUUCUUUGUAGGUUUGACGGUGUCAAAUUUAGCUAUGAAUUAUCUAUGGUAUGAUAAACUAUUAUGAUUAA